CUUCGGUCAGGCCCAGUUCAGAGCGGCUCCUCCCUCUCCCGGGUGCCAGCCCCCCCCUUCCCCUCCCCGGCAGCGCUGCUGCUGCUACUACACCGGGUAGGUUUCCAGUCACUAUGGCGGCUGCGGCUGGGAAGGUCAGAAGAAAGUUUUCGUUGUCGGCGGCCGCCUGAGAACGACACUGAGCGGGAGGCAUCCGGGCCCGGCCUCCAGGCCUCUCCCGUAGCCGGAGCAGGGCCAGCCCCGCUGGGCUAGCGGAGACCUUGCUCCUCGGGAGAGAGCGACAAACGGCAUCCCGAUGCGCAGCCACCUGCGGAGACCCUGAGCGGAGCAGAUCCCUCCCCCUUUGGCCGGGCGGCGGGACACCUCAGGGGGGGAUCUCCCGGAGACUUACUGGUAGCUAGCCCCCGUGAGAAACAUCCCCUGCCCUCCUAAGGCAACCCGCCUCACUGAGACAUCCACGCCCCGCCAAUCUGAGGGGCGAUCCCUCCUUCUGUCAGCCCAACCUUCGUGAGCUCCUGCAAGCCCCCUGUCUGCCACCUCUCCUCCGAGUUGAGGAGGCCCUCGCCCCUUCAGUUCGUCCUGGAAGACCAUUCCUCUUAGUGUCUCCCUGGGUAGCGAAGAGUUUGAAGCCCUUCUCCACCCUUUAUCAAAUUCCUUACCUGAGUGGCCUAUUGAAACUCCUAGCCUCAGGUCAAUUUUUUCUGGUGUAGGGGAAGAGACCAGUGUAGCUUUGCUACCUCUAGUCGAGCACCACCCACUCUACUUUAUCUUACUGUCUGACGAAGAUGAAAUGUGGACUGUCAUGUGGGUCAACUAAACGGACUGUCUUUUGUGGAGCGAAUGCUUCAUACGCAUUCUCCAACUCUUGAUCUGGGCUGUGAGGCUGCCUGGACGCUACACCUUUUUUACUCCUUGCCCCCCACCCCCUAAAUCUUUCCUUGCUUUCCUGCUGCAUUGGUUAAAAUUUUGGUAAGUGCUGUUUACGGAAGGAAAAAAAGAAGGCAGUCUGAAUCCCCAACACAAGUAUUUGUGUGUGACUCAUCUUCUUGGAUUUAAAGACAUCUCCACCUUCAGGGAGUCUUGCUUCUCUUCUGUGAAGUCAGAUGUUUGUUCCUGUUCUUCCUGAUGAGCAUGGAUUGAAAGUUGCACCUUCUAGAUUUUUUCCAGGGUGCUGCUGAUACUAUUAAAGGACAUAAUGGGGCUUUUUCACUGGAUUAUUGCCAGGAUCAGUUUACACACUGCAACAAUGAGUUGUUAGGCAUCUCAUGUACAGGUAACAUUUGUCCUGCUUUAAUGUAAAAUUGCUGGGGAGAUUGGGGAUAAAAAUUUGUUGAAGGCCGUCUGGAUCAGGAAGAGUUUCUCUUCAUCCCUGUUUGGCGUGACAUCCCCAAUCUGUCCUCGAUGCCUUCAGCCUUGGCUAUCUUCACUUGCCGCCCGAACUCUCACCCAUUUCAGGAGCGUCAUGUCUACCUGGACGAGCCUGUCAAAAUCGGCCGUUCGGUGGCUCGCUGCCGGCCAGCUCAGAAUAAUGCUACUUUUGACUGUAAAGUGCUGUCCAGGAACCAUGCCCUUGUCUGGUUUGACCACAAGACAGGCAAGUUCUAUCUUCAAGACACUAAGAGUAGUAAUGGUACCUUCAUAAACAGUCAGAGAUUGAGUAGAGGAUCUGAGGAAAGCCCACCAUGUGAGAUUCUGUCUGGUGACAUCAUCCAGUUUGGUGUAGAUGUGACCGAGAACACGCGGAAAGGUAAGGUUACCCAUGGAUGUAUAGUCUCCACAAUAAAACUAUUUCUCCCAGAUGGUAUGGAAGCCCGGUUACGGUCAGAUGUCAUCCAUGCUCCAUUACCAAGUCCUGUUGACAAGGUUGCUGCUAACACUCCCAGUAUGUACUCUCAGGAACUGUUUCAGCUUUCUCAGUAUCUACAGGAGGCCUUACAUCGGGAACAAAUGUUGGAACAGAAGUUGGCUACCCUUCAGCGACUGCUUGCUGUCACACAGGAGGCUUCAGAUACUAGUUGGCAGGCUUUAAUAGAUGAAGACAGACUACUAUCAAGGUUAGAAGUCAUGGGAAACCAAUUACAAGCCUGUUCAAAAAAUCAAACAGAAGAUAGUAUACGAAAGGAACUUGUAGCAUUACAGGAAGACAAACACAACUAUGAGACAACAGCCAAAGAGUCCCUGAGGCGGGUCCUUCAGGAGAAAAUUGAGGUGGUCAGAAAACUCUCUGAAGUGGAGCGAAGUUUAAGUAACACUGAAGAUGAAUGUACUCACCUGAAAGAAAUGAAUGAGCGGACUCAGGAAGAAUUAAGAGAAUUAGCAAACAAGUACAAUGGAGCUGUAAAUGAAAUUAAAGACCUCUCUGACAAACUAAAGGUGGCAGAAGGAAGACAAGAGGAAAUCCAACAGAAGGGACAGGCAGAAAAAAAGGAAUUGCAACAUAAAAUAAAUGAAAUGGAAGAGCGAGAACAAGAGCUUCAGGCAAAAAUAGAAGCUUUACAAGCAGAUAAUGAUUUCACCAAUGAACGGCUAACUGCUUUACAAGUACGGUUAGAACACCUUCAAGAGAAAACUCUUAAAGAACACAACAGUUUAGGCAUACAAGUUGAUGACUUCAUACCUAAAAUUAAUGGGAGCGCAGAAAAAGAGCACUUUCUUUCAAAGAGUGGAGGGGACUGCACUUUUAUUCAUCAGUUCAUAGAGUGCCAGAGAACUGGAGUCAGUUCCCUCCAUUUGCACCAAAAUGCUGGGCAUAUCGCAGGAUGGCACCAUUGGCACCAACCAUUGAUCCCAGACAAGUUCAUAGACGAAGGACAUCUAACCAAAGUGGAAGAAACAAAGCUUUUGAGAGAAAACCAAGCAAGAGCAAAAGAAUCUGAUUUGUCAGAUACUCUUAGUCCAAGCAAGGAGAAAAGCAGUGACGACACUACAGAUGCCCAAAUGGAUGAACAAGAGCUAAAUGAACCUAUUGCUAAAGUAUCUCUUUUAAAAGAUGAAUUGCAGGGGGGUGCACGAUCAGAAACAGAGACUAAACAAGAAAUUCAGCAGCUGCACAAGGAACUGAUUGAAGCCCAAGAGCUAGCUAGAACAAGUAAACAAAAAUGCUUUGAACUUCAAGCACUACUGGAAGAAGAGAGAAAAGCAUACCGGCUGCAGGUUGAGGAGUCCACCAAGCAAAUACAGUUUCUGCAAGCCCAGCUGCAUAGGUUGCAGGAAGAUAUUGAGAAUCUUCGUGAGGAAAAGGAGAAUGAAAUUUCAAGCACUCGAGAUGAAUUGCUAAGUGCUCAAGAUGAGAUUCGGCUACUUCAACAGGGGGCAGAAAAAGCUGCAUCAGAACGAGACACUGAUAUUGCUGCUUUGCAAGAAGAGCUGCAGGAAGUGCGGGCUGAACUUGAACGCUGGCGGAAAGAAGCCUCAGAAUAUGAAAAAGAAAUUGGCAAUCUUCAAGCCAGUUUCCAGCUGCGAUGUCAGCAGUGUGAGGAUCAGCAGAGAGACGAAGCUACUCGUUUACAAGGUGAACUUGAAAAGUUGAGAAAGGAGUGGAGUGAUCUAGAAGCUGAAUGCCUCUCCUUAAAGAAUGAGAAUACUUUGCUUGCAUCUGAACUUCAGCGACAAGAGAAGGAGCUUCAUAGCUCUCAGAAACAGAGUUUAGCGCUAACCAGUGAUCUAAGUGUUCUUGAAAUGACUCGAAAGCAACUUGAAAAUCAAGUGGGAUCUUUGAAGGAACAACAUCAACGCGAUGCAGCUAGUCUAAAAACUCUACUCAGUGAAGCUGAGAAUCAAGCAAAGGAUAUUCAGAAAGAGUAUGAAAAGACACAGACUGUACUUUCAGAGCUGAAGUUGAAGUUUGAGAUGACUGAGCAGGAAAAGCAAUCAAUCACAGAUGAGCUCAAACAAUGUAAAGACAACCUGAAGCUGCUACAAGAAAAAGGAAACAAUCCUUCCAUAUUACAACCCGUCCCAGCCGUAUUCAUCGGCCUAAUCCUGGCUUUCCUGUAUUGGUGUUACGGCCCAUUGUGGUAGAGAAAGAGACAAUGGCCUUGGAUGCCUCUGAUGGCAGCUUUGGUUGCUGUAACAGCUGUGGUGCUGUACCCAGGCCUAACCAGAGCUUCUCCAUGAGAACUGUUGUUGAAUCCAUUCACCGUCCUCCCUUUAGAAGCUGGCAUCAUUCACAUACUGGGGAAAACCAGAUUAAUUCUCUUCCUUUUUACCUCUUAAUACAACAAAGCUCUGCGCGAGAACAGUAGUAGGGUCAUUGCUUUAAACUGUAUAAAAUGUAUCUGUCUAUAAAGAGGGAAUAAAAUUAUGACUUCAUUCUACUGUGAGCAAUAUUUUUGCUUACAAUUUCAUGUAAUUUUUAAAUUAGUAUGUUGGGAUUCUAAAUACUAUUAUGGUGGCCUAAAGUAGGCUUCUUGGUACCAAAUUAUUUAUAAUGGGUAGGUUUGUGGAUAUUUUACUUUAGAAUCUGAUUGCCAGAUUUAAAAGAAAAACACAUUUCUGAUUUGGAUACCCAUGCCAAAUAACCUUACAGAUACUUGGAAACAGAGGCAGUAUGCUCAGUGCCUUUCAGUUUGAAAUAUUUUUUUACAUUAAUGUACCAUUUUUACUUGCUGCAAGUCACUGAGCUAGUGGGAACAAGACUUAAAAUAACUUCUCUUUCCAGGCCUUUUGAAGGAAACAAAUAUUUUGCUUCAGUAAAGAUUCUGUUUUAUUAAUAAUUUUGGGAAUAAAUACAAUUCAUUUCCAGCCUUAAAGAGAGAGAGAAGACAUUGGAUGGCAAACACCUGCCUAGGAUAUUUUGUGUGCGCGUGUGGGAAUGUGUGCUUGUGUGUGUUCUUGAGUGAACUAAGGUAUUUCUGGGAGCAAAAUCUUGGUCAUUUGAUGGACAUAGUGCAGUGAUUCAAUUUAUAUUACCUUUAUUUCGAAUGUAAUUUAUUAAAUUUCAUAUAUUUAAAGAGACACAUUCUUUAAAAUCUGAAUAUUUUCGCACAUAUCACAUUUUAGCAACUUAUUUUUUCAGUCAUUUAAUACUUUCAAAACUAAACUGGAGAAAUAUUUGUCUAUUUAGGCAAGUUUUUAUUGAAAACUUCAAUAUGGGAGGUGCUACAAUGCAUCUAUGGGUAAAUGAAAAAAUCCAAGAUAGGCAAGCUCUUGCCAAGUUAGUCAUCUAACUGGUCAUGUAUGCAUCAAGUUAAUAAGCUGAGAGUGUUUACUUUUGGUAAUUAGAAACUUUUGCAUCAACAUUACAUGACACAAUAUGCAUAAUAUACCUUCAUACAUUAUUGACUUUUUGAUUGGGUAACCACUGUAGUUAAACAAUGAAUUAAGUGUUGGCUAUAGUUGUCUUGUGCAACUCAACAGUUCAGUUAAAAAAGUUUUAUUAAGGUCCUAUAUAAUAUACUAAAGGAUUGCAAAGUAAAAUGAAUUCAUCUAAUGGAAAUUUAAGAAUAGGAAGAUAAUCUCAGCGAAGAUUUAAUUGGCUUUAAAAUAUUUAAUGGCAAUCAACAGAUAUAGUUGAAUAUUUAAAUAGAAGUUUAGCAUAUAAUUUGCCUUGUGAGGUUCUGAGGGUCAUUGUCCUUUAAUUAAAGGUUCUAUCUUAAAAUACUUGGGAUUUGCUAAUGGGAGGAUUAUUAGAUUUAUGGAAGAAUAAAUCCACAAGUGACUUUUAGACUAUAAUAUUGGGUCACCUAGUUAACAUUUCAUCUUUUUCAGUUGCAGGAAGCCACCCAAUCACAAAACACUCAUAUGCCAGUGGUACUCGGUACCUCUUGUAUAUAGAUUAUUGCAAAUAUUGUUCUGAAAUGCUUUACUUCAGAAUUACAUUUUUUAAAGUAAAUAAUUGUUUUAAAUCUAUUUUGUAAAGGUAUAAUAAGUACAAUAGAAUUUCUCGAGUACAGAUUAAACUAUUUGCACUAACACACGUGAUGUGCAUGAUUUAAUAAAAUAACUUUACUCUACGUAUGCAUGUUUGAGUUGAAUCUCAUUUGAAAACCGCACAUCUGUGUUAAAUUCAUUGUGUGCUAGGUAUUACUACAAUGUUUGCAGCAUGUUUGAUAAUUGAAAAGGUUUUACUUUUCAUUUCACAUUCACAUUGGUUUAAAUUUAAAUUUAAAUCUCUCUCCUGUCCAGGUCUAGUUUGAAGCAGAAAGGGAAUGGGAGCACAAUGGGUUGGGGUUUGGUUCUGUGGAAAAAUCUGGAAGAGAGAUUUUUUGUGUGUGUUGGAGCUUGGAGGGUGCCUAUAAUAGGGGUGGAAAGCUAGGGGAAAGGUGGGAGGGUGGUUAUGGAUAGUGCAGAGAGCCUGGGGCAGCUGUGAAAGGAGUUGAUGAGGGUAGUGCAGGAGCUUGAGGCAGUCUCCCUCCUUCUCCCACUAGCUUCUCUAGUUCUGCCCCGUCCCUUUUUAACCAUUUUUUCUUCCCCACCGUGCUCCAUUCACCUUCCUACCAUGACUGCCUCCUCCCUAGCCUCUAUGCAGACCUGGUGUCCUCUGAAGAAGAGAGGCAGAGAGGCCACAUGAAACCUGAGGAUAUAGUAGCUCCUGGUGGCCAGAUAGCGGAACUGCAAGCAAUCCUUUCCACCUUGCAGCCCAGCUAGAUUUAGCAUGAUGGGGCGCCAAACUUGAGUAUCCUCUGAGAUGCCUGAUCAUUGGCAGCCCUCAUUAUUUUCACAGCACUAUUUUCUUUACACAAAUACAAAAAUUGUGUGAGUUUUCAGUAGUCUUCAAAACAUGAAACAGCUGACAAUGUUAAUCUAGCAUGUCUAUUUAAAAUGAGAAAAAAGUCCCUAACUUGGUGCAUGUAUGCAUAUUUAUAUUCACUUUAUAUACACAGACACUCAUAAUGUGUAUACUUUGCAUGGAUAUGUGUGUUCAGUAUAUGCAUCUGUGUCCAGAUAUACAAUACAGUAUUUCCCAUAGUACAGUGCUCUUCCUGGGAACUGUUAACUUAUGCAUGUUCAAAAGAUGAUCAAGAAUAAAUUAAGAUGCAUAGUUCACUCUCCUUUUAGGGAAUACCUGGAAGAGGAUUGGUUAGUGUCUAGGAAUGUUCUGAUCUCCAGGGUUUUUACAAUAAAAGAGAAAGUGGAUAAAAAACUUUUCCAAACACAGCCACCCGACUGAGCACAAACCUGCCUUCCCAGCUGACUGUUACUACAUAUGUUUACAGAAUUAUCUAUAUUACAUGCACAUUUACAACCCUUUUUUGAAUUAUGAGGCCUGAGAGUAACUGCUAACUAGCUCUGGGGAUUAUUACAACAAAAGAUUGGGGAUUUUUUUUUUUUUAAACUAACAAAUCCCUGAUACAAUGAGAGCUUGUCAGAAGGUGAUGAGCGCCCUCAACUUGCAUUGAAGUUAAUGAUAUUAGAGAGGCACUCAGCAUCUUGCAGGAUUGGUUCCAGAAAACUGUUUCAUCAAUUACACAGCCCAACUGACACAUUAAAAACAUGUCUCCUCUAACCACAUUAUAUUACUCCUGUUUUAACAUUUUUAGUUUUCUACUGCAGUCCUUAUUUGAUGCAAAACUUUGACUUCAGUGAGUUUUACCUGUAGAAGGACUGCAACAGUAGACCUUUGAUUCACAACCUAAAGGGGAAGUAUAAUUAAAAGAAAAUACAAGCUUUUUACCUGUA